AUGGAAUCGGCACUUCUCGCCCGCCAACGAAGAGCCAAGGGUACGAGCCUGCGGUCAGACCGGCUUGACGAGAGGGGGGGGGUGCGGGGGGAAGGAGACCAAGGGACUGGGGACAUUGGAGCGGCUGCGGCGCCGGAGGCUGCUGUUGAUGUGGUGCCUGAGGCUGCCGCUGCUGCUGUGAAGGCGGCGGGGACGGUGGUGGACCCGGUCCUUGCUGGCGGGACUGCCGCUGCCUCUGGCGGCGGCUCAUUUUUGCCCUCUGCCACUCCCCAGGCUGCACCACUGUUUGCUGAGGAGGGGGGGCCGUUGGCGGAACAGGGACAGACGGUGGAGGCGGGGCUGGCUGCAUCCCCGGCACCGGUGGAUGUGCCUAUGAUUGCUGUGGUCGUGUCCGCCGCGGUGGGGAGACGGGAUGGUGAGCCGAACGGUGAGGAAGUGACGGCUGCCGCUGCGUCCGCCGGAACGUCUGCUGCUGACGGGGGCGCAGACAUGCAGGGGCACGGCCAGGCGGCGGGCGGUAGACAGGGUCACGGGAAGGGCGUCGUGGCUCCCGCCGUCUGCGGGAAGACCGGGAAGAGACCCCGCGCCCAGCCAACACCGAGGCGGCCAGGAGCAGGGCUGGGACCUGGACCCCCGGGACCCCUCCUGGGCUGGCCGCUGCAAGGGCAGUCGCCACGAGAGCCAGAGCAUCCGUCGCCAUCUCAAGGCGGCACGUCGGCAAGGAUUGCCACUGCACAAGCAGCGACGUAA